AUGGACAGAAGAGCCUGGGUUGGCACCCGGAGGCCUCAUCGCCCACGCAGCCUCAUCUCAGCCCAAUUCACCAGCCCAGGGCCCAAGUACACCAUCCCCGGGACAACGGGCUACCUGGCUCACUACCCCACCAAGGCCAAGGCCCUGGUGUACACCUUCUGA